CGCCAAACCUUCGAAAAGCGCGGAAACACACAAACCACACACAACAACAAGCACACACAAGCACACAGUGCGGCAAGUUGUCUCAACACACAAGCAGACCUGCAACCACCACCAUGUGCGGGAGCGGUAGAGCUGAUGCGAUGGAGACGGAGAUGGAGAUAGAGAUGGAGAUGGGAGUGGACGUGCAGGUACCGCCACUGCCGCCCGGCCCUCCGCCACGCAGCGCUGUUCGCAAAGCAAGGAAGCGAGCAAAGCGGCAACCGCAACACCCAGAACACAACGAGAUGGACCAUGACGACGACAAUGACAACGACACAGACUUGAUGGAUUCGGAUGCUUCACCGCCCUCCUCUCAACCCACACCGCCAAUCGUGUUUGCUGACUCGUCCCCAGAAGAACCCUCUCUUCGACUCUCGCAACAAGCGGCGGCUGUCGCUGCCUUUUUCACACCCCGAUCACGAAGACGCUCAUCUUCCUCAGCAACAGCAAGCACAGCGCCUGCAUCGAAGCCCAAAACAUCUGCAAAGCCCCGCCUUCGUCGCCGGUCACGCAGCGCCAAGUCCAGCCCCAUCACCUUUCCCACCCACACUGUCCAGCUGACCGACUGGAGCAACCCGCCCCUGCCCUCCACGCGCGCACAGCAGCGCUUUUCGACGGCUGCUCUAUUUCACGCGUCUCGCACUCGACUCCGCCCAGGGAUGCAGACAACACAAAGACACAUGUCCCUGUCUCACAUGCUGCGAAAGGGCGUAACCCUCACCAACGUGGCGUCGGCACAUGUUGGCCAGUCCAUCGACACCCUCCUUCUCCGCUACUCCCAAGGGUGGCAGAGCGGGUGCCUUGCAGCAUGUAUUGAUGGCGUGUGCGAGUUGUUUCAAGACGAAGAAGAGGGUGGCAUGCAAGCCUACGACCACGCAAUUGAGCUUGGCAGCAGUGCUGUCUUCGACAUGGCGUGGGUGCCACGUGAACCGCUCAUCUCCUUUGCCGUCGACCGUCACUGCCAACUUGUCAAUCUCCACCGCAUCGAAUACAAGACCACAUUUGAUGCCGGGAACUUUGAAACUGUGUCGGCGAUUGAUGCCAACCCCGACUGCAAAGAUGUGCUUGGGAGCGGGACGAAGAGCGGGUCCAUCGCCCUGUGGGACCGCCGUGUAUGUGGCGGCGCAGCCGUCAUGGGCACGCACGCAACAUACGCAAAGCCUGCACGCGAGUGGCGUAUUGACACACUGUCCACGGUCCGUUCAAACAGCAGCACCAACACGAGUCCCAUCAACAGCAGCACCGGCAGCACCGCUGGGCAGACGGCACCAAGAUUCAGGCAACAGCGGCCAUUGACCGUCACAAGUCGGGUCGUUGACAACAAUCCUGCUGCACCCUCAUCAUCGUCGUCGUCGGCGUCGUUGCGUCAGCGACCAGCACCGUCGCCAGCUGUGCACCGCAUUCGCUUCUUCCCAGACGGUCGACACUUUGCCACAGUCACAGAGCGCAGCGGCGUUCUGCUGUGGGACAUGAGGAAACCGUACCGUGCGCACGCCCGCCAGCCAACACCGGUUUGCUCCAUUGAGCCGCAACUGCGCACACAACGAGGGAGCAACUUUAUGCAGUUUGACAUUGACACGACUGGUCGGCGAAUGAUGAUUGCGUCAGCAGCACUCGACACCGUUGUCUGCGAAGGGUUCAUGGAGAACGCGUUCUCGCACGUGGUGCUGCGUGAUUCCGGGAUUGGAUAUGCACUCGACACACACAUGUCCCCCGAUGGCACCGUUGUCGCCAAAACAACGUCGCUGGGACUGCUUCUCUGGCAGGUGGAUGAGCCCAACAACGGCUACACCGCCCUAGAUGCAACGCCACUAGCGUUUGCAUUUGCACCGACCAGACGCAAGCUGCGCUUCGCCGGCUUUGACUGGGCAGACACGCUCAUGGCCGGGACAAUAACGACGGCGCGGUGAAGAUGUACGCUUGUCACAUGUAACUGACACUACGUAAACUACGCAAACUGUGCAAACUGUUGUCGCUUUAUUGAAACAUUAAAGUAUGCAACGCAGUG